UACAAACAUAGAUUGAUAGUAUAUCGUAAAUAUGGCGGUUUGACAACUGCUUGUAAAUUGUAAGAUUAAAAAUUUUAUUUAUAUAUGAAAUUUAACAAAUAAUUAUACAAUAUUAAUUUUAAUAAAAUAAAACAUGUUAUUAACAUUAAAACCAGAUCAUAAGAAACAUGUAUUACUUCUUACAGAUUAUACACCGCAAGUUUUACAAGAUUUUUGCAAAUUAGCUUUAGAUUAUUUGCAAAAAGGACCAAAUAUUAAAUUAUAUAAUGCAGCAGCUCAAAAAUUAGAAGUUGAAGUAAGUCUAAUUAAAAAUUCAGUUGAAGGACUUGUUAAUUUAUUAAUAGAGAGUUGUAGAUAUAAGUUAAACUCUGAAGAUUUUAGAGAUUCUAUAACAUCUUUAGGUUUUUCAGAACAGCAGGAAAUUAUAUUAAGUAAAUUAUAUAAUGUUAAAAAAGAUGAAAUAUUAGAUACACUCAAGAAUAUUGGAUUUAAAUUACCAAAAUACCAUGACAUGGAAUGGAGAUUUGAAGUGCAGAUUGCAUCAAGAGCAUUAUUAAAGCAAGUUGCUCCACUUAUUACUUUGGAUUUAUCUAUAAAAAAUUCUGAUAAGGAUGAAAAUAUUGAACAUAUAUUACUUCAAACUGAUCCUAUUAAUUUAUCAUAUAUAACACAACAAUUAGAAGAAGCUGUACAAGAAGGGUAUAGUCAACAUAUUCGUAGACUUUCAAGAGUCAUAAAAUGAUAAUACUAUGUGUGUAAUGUAAUUAAAUUUUAUGCAAUAAAGUAUAUAGAUAUUAUAAAAUA